AUGAAACCUUCAGAAGGCGUCAUAAUUAAAGAAAUGGGAGUAAUAAUGGCAAAUUGUGAUUCAAACAAUAUAAGUUGUCUUACGUCGCGUUAUAACUUGCAGGAGUUUCUUCAACUAAAGCAUCAACAUUACGCGAUACAUAAUCUUUCUGACAUCGAUAAAAUAAUGUGUCUCAAAAAUCGUCGUGG